CUGUGUGUUUUUGUUGGGGGAAAAGUUGUUGGUAGUUAGGUCGUGUGAAUGUAGCGUUUCCCCGUCGGUUUUUCACCCCUCGGUAACAAUGCGGGGGAAUGCGCACAGUUUUCUACUACUUUAAAGUCGGACCGCGAGUUUGUGAGCAGGGUUACAGACGCAUUACGUCCUCCGGCUCGGACUGAAAAAUCUCAGUGGCCAUCAUCGUUUCACCUCUGCCGUCUCGUUAGCCACCUAGCUGCUAACUAACUCCCCAACAAAGUUAACCUCGCCUCAUAGUGUUUGCUUCUCCCGUGGCAACUUCCAGCAGAGAUGGCGGAAACCAAAAUAAUUUAUCACAUCGACGAAGAGGAGACGCCGUACUUGGUGAAGAUACCCAUUGCUGCCGAAAAUAUAACUUUGCUGGAUUUUAAACAGGUCUUGAACAAGCCAAACUACAAAUUCUUCUUCAAGUCUAUGGACCAGGACUUCGGGGUGGUGAAGGAAGAGAUUUCCGAUGACAGUGCCAAGUUGCCAUGUUUCAACGGCAGAGUGGUCUCAUGGUAUUUGGGUUCCAUUUUAGGUCCUGAGAUCAUGAGUAAGCUGGCAGGAGAGAGCGAGAGUAACCUGAGGAAGGCCUUCGAGGAAGCAGAGAAGAAUGCUCCUGCCAUCAUCUUUAUUGAUGAGCUUGAUGCGAUCGCCCCUAAGAGAGAGAAG